AUGGAUUUUCGCCUCCGGAAGCUUGAGGAAUUUCAAUUUUCGGAACUAUAUGAUGAUGAUGGCGAUCCAUCAAAGAGAGGUCCAACAUCUCCGAAGUCUUCUUCUAAAAUUCCCAAUUCCCCUUCGAAGUCUCUGAAAUCUCCACCCAAGAUUCCAAGUCCUUCUCUGAAGUCUCCACCUAAGAUCCCAACACCUCUGGAGUCCCUUCUUAAAGAAAAUGUUCCUACCCGAGAUAUUGGAAAGAAAAAAGAUAAGGACAUUACUUCUAAUGAAUCCCAUGAUGCUCCUCUUAGUUCUGAUUUUGAAUGGGAUCUCCCGAUCUCUCCAAAUGGGCGCUUCCUCCUAAUUUUUCCUCCUAUGACAAAAUUCAAGCCCAAGAGUGAGCCUAUGUAUGAGGAAAGAAAAAUGUUGAGGAUAUCUCUCAAAAUGGCUACAAUUUAUUUUGAGAUAAACUCACUGCAUCCCCUAGAACAAUUUUUAGAAAUGGAAUCCUCUGUUGAAGGAAUUGAAUACAUAGAAUUCGGGAUAACUGACUCUCCUGAACUCGGAAUCAUCUACUAG